AUGGAGGACCAGGUGGCGGCGUCGAGGAGCGAGCUGUGGCAACGACAGAGAGCGCAGCUGCAGGAGGGAUUGGCCAACGUCAAGGCCGAGACCUCGAGCGGCAUCGUGCGACAGGGCCGGGAGGACUUGUGCAGCCGCCGCCAGGUGUGGCGCCGCCAGUACCGAACGAUCAACAGCUUCAAUGCGGUGGCCCCGAUCUUGGACGACGCUGACGACGAUGAAGAUGGAGGAGACGACUGCAGGGUACCACUACGGGAGUAUCGGUCGGCCGAAGAAGGCAAGAAGUCGAGCUCGCGAGCUAACUCCAAAAAGAACAACAUGCGCUCGGUGGAAGAGGAGAGCAAGAAGGUAAUCGGGAAGCGGGACCGACUGCAAGUGAAGGCGUUGUGGAACUACUUGCGACAUCGCAGCUCGUCUCGACCACAGCGCCGAGCAUGA